CUCUCUCUCUCUCUCUCUCCACAUUCUAGGACUCACACACACACACACAAGCCCCCCAGGCCUUCCCUGGAAGAGGUGGACUGAGGAGGCGCUACAAGGCCAUAGUUUACCUUGACAGGAAUUCGCCACUAGGAGGGAAAGGAGGGUGGGCUGUCACUGAGCUCAGUGGUCUGAUGGAAAAAUGAGGCUGGUAGGAGUUCAUACCGUUAUCCUUCGAGUCUGAAAGGAGGGCCUACUUUAUGCCAGGCAAUGUUUUCUGGCCCGAGGCACAGCCCUGAACAAAAGAAAAUAAAUCCCAGACCCGGGGGAGCUGAUGCUGAUGGGAGCAGGCAGGAAGCAUGCAAACGGAAGAGGUUAGCAGUUUUUUACUUGGUGUAAAAGACAACUGGAGCAAGAGGAAGGAGCUAGUAAAUACGUUCUGGUGAAAACCAUCCUGGCCCUUGCCCCUGGCAUUAUCCCUCCUGUGGGUCUCUGUGCCAGAAACUCAGACUGAGCCAAGCGUGCUCCCAGACGCCAUCUGCUCUCUCUGGGAGUGGGGCCCGUGCCAGCUUGAGUGUUUGGACUCUUGGCAAAGUUCCCUGGCACCCUAGAGCUAGGGAACUCCAGGGCCCCACAUCAGGCCAGGGGAAUCCUCCCCGUCUAGCCAGAUGGAGGACUGCAGGAGAGGGAGGCAGUGAAAGCUGUGUGGGCUUCCUGAAGGAGGGGGAUGUCUUGGAGAGCCAGGAGAAUUCUUCAGUUGAACAGGCAUGAGUUAUGAACAAUAAAAUUGAUAGACACAUUUCACGUGUUCACCGCGCAUACUUUGCCAGGUUUUGGGUAAAUGUGUGGGCAUUUGUUGUCACAUCUAAGUUAAAUCCAUAUGUUGGGCUGUUGAAAUGACUCGGGAACGGGGAGUUUGCUGCUAAUCCUGUAACCUGUGUUGGAUCCCAAGUACAUACCUGGUGGAAGAAAAUAAUCUACUCCUACAACUCGUCCUCUGAUUUCUACUCAUGCCUGCUCUAUGCAGCAUGUGUGCACCACACAAUAAAUAAGUGUAAUGAAAUAAAUUUAAUUGUAUGUCAUCACAUCUAGGAGUCUGGGCAUACGUCCUGAGUUUUCAGAUGAAGGAACGUAAGUUUAGACAGAUAAAGCUAUCUAUGGUCCAAAGUACACACCAAGUGCCUUGAGAUGCCUGCAAAGGACCCGUAUGCAGAAAGCCCAAUCCUGAAUCACGGACACCACCAGAGACACUGAUGAAUGCUUAUAGCACCCCUUCCUAGACCAUUCCUCGGCCUCUGUCCUCAGUCUUCCUACCUCGGCUUCUUCGCUUCCUCGAGGUCUCUUUACUAUAGCCAUGGACAACUCCAGCAUACAGGAACUCCAGCAACCCUUACUGCCAAGCGUAACCUGGGACCUCCUUGCUUCCAAGUCUGAGAAACCAGAGCUGGGAACCCUCUUCCCAGAAACUGCCUUUGCAGAUUCCCCGAGAGGCUGGCAGCUUCUUCUCCCACCUCUUCCUUCAGUGAGCGCUGGCCUGGGGGAGCCUGAGACCCCUGACCUUGAGGACACAUCAUCCAGUGACAGUGACUCAGAUGAUGAUGGGGGUGACCGGCUCUCUCCACUUCUUCCCCAUGACCACCUGGGCCUGGCGGUGUUCUCUGUGCUGUGCUGCUUUUGGCCUGUGGGCAUCGCUGCCUUCUGUCUGGCCCACAAGACCAGCAAGGCUUGGGCCAAGGGGGACGUCCAAGGGGCAGGGGCUGCCUCCCGCCGUGCUUUCCUGCUGGGGGUCCUUGCCGUGGGGCUGGGCCUGUGCACAUAUGCGGCUGCCCUGGUGACCUUGGCUGCCUACCUUGCCUCCCGAGACCCGCCCUAGUUGCUCUUCGGCCCCCACUGUGAAUGCAGAGACCAGAGGACCAUCAAACCCGUGAGCAGAAUGGAUGAUCUUGGUGCACACAUGGUGACGGCGAGGACAUCACUCAGAAACAAGUCAGCUGGAGGUCCCCUCCCUUUCCUGGCCACCCCCACCCUCCAGAAAGAAGCAAUGUGAGAGAUUAAAGAUACCCUGAAGCCAAA